AUGUUAAGUUGGAAUUUGGUGAAUGAGGAUAAUUUCUCUGGAAAUUGGGUAACUGUUGGAGUGCUAACUGGGAAGGGGAUUCAAAAAACAAGUUCAAAUGGGAAGAGCUUUUGUAUAUGGAAAAUUGGUUGUUUGGAUGAAAACACUGUUCCUAUUUUCUUGUUUGGAAAUGCUUAUCAGAGGAAUUCCCAAGAGCAGGCAGGAACGGUCUUUGCAUUCUUCAAUUGUGGUGUUCGCAAGGAUGCCAAGGGUAAUGGCUUUUCUUUGAGUAUAUACUCCCCUAACCAAAUUGUGAAGAUGGGCACCUCUGUAGAUUACGGAGUUUGCAAAGCGAAAAGAGCGGAUGGGAUGGCAUGUACAAUGGCCAUAAAUAAGUAUGCAAAUAAAUUAUGUAUCUACUAUCUUGUUAUUUAUUUUGAUAUGUUAAAUGUGGAAUUGCCACAGGGUUCUUUGUAACUGUGUCUCUGAACCUAAUCAUCAUAUAUGCAAUUUAGAAAAGGAGUAAGGAACAAUCACACUUUUUUCUCUAUUUCUAGACACUUCUAUACAUAGAUUAUCCCUUUGCUGAAAUAAGUCUAAUCUAAACAUGUGGAAUUUGACACUGGUUGGAUUUGUAAUUUUAAAUCAGAGUGCUUGCACUUGUUCUGACAUUUUUCUGUGAAAAAUAAAACAAAAGAGGAGCGAAUGUGAAAGGAAGAAAAAAUUAUACUGCACAAGGUGUUGUUUCAAAAUGUGUACUGUAUAAGUUGCAAGACACAUUUGAAGAAAAAGAUUCCCAUGGGUUCAGUUCAGUUGAGAAAAUUGAGUGCAGACUAGGUGAAUCAAUAGUUUAGAUUUUUAUGAAGUACAUGCAGUUAGAUAGCAAUCUAUGAAUCAGAAUCUACUUUGCAUGAUUCACAUUUGCUAUUCACGAGCACUAUCAGCAGUAACAUGGAUCCACUUGCAUGUAAUACUUAGAUUCCUGUUAAGCAGUUUUUUCAGAGUGUGCCAUGUUUUAUAAUAGAUUUAAAACUGUCUGGAAAACUAGAAGUCUUAUAUUGGUCAUUUUUAUACAAACAAAAAUUAAACUUUC